UCUUCGGAGAUCAGGACAAAAACGGUACUACAGCUUCAUCAACUGGACCGGUGCCCGAAUCACAUAUUACUGCUGUCAUCCGUCCGCUCAAUAAUGGCAGAACAAUCUCAAUCCAAGAAGACGAACACCGCUGCAAAACCGCGAAAGCGUUUCGUUGGCUCAAAAUCUGCAGCACCACCCAAAACUGGUUCGCCAGCAACAAUCGCCAAUCAAAUACCCGAUGAGAUAUUAUCGGAUGCUCUGCUAAACCAGGCGAUCAAGCAGCUUCCUGCGAAUUACUCCUUUGAAAUCCACAAAACAGUACAUCAUGCCCGCAAGAACAAAGCAAAAACGGUCGCCCUGCAGAUGCCCGAGGGCCUGCAGAUGUUUGCCUGCGCAAUAGCAGACAUCAUAGAGUGUUUCACCGAUGCAUUGACUGUGAUCAUGGGCGAUGUCACGUAUGGUGCAUGCUGCGUAGAUGAUUACACUGCAGUCGCAUUGGGAUGCGACAUGCUAGUCCAUUAUGGUCACAGCUGCCUUGUGCCCAUCGAUCAAACCACGAUCAAGACCUUGUAUAUCUUUGUCGAGAUUGGAAUCGACUCUUCUCAUUUGGCAGAGACGAUCCGGUUAAACUUCCCGAACGACCGACAAACGUUCCACAAGCAGUUGCUCGAACAUGAAGAAGAUAUCGCACGAAUACCUGCCGGUCAGAAAGUGGGUAAGACUCGCCAUCUCCAAAUCGAAGGUCCUUCGAGUGAAGGAGGAGCGGAACCUCCAGCUUCCGUACAGCUGACAAGGUUUGCGCUGGUCUCGACAAUCCAAUUUGUAGCAGCUCUACAAAGGUUGAAGGAAGAUCUGACAUCACCGCAUUCUGACGCUGAAACAUCAUCUCAUGGACUACUGCUCAGUGCAGAACCAGAAUCAUCACUGGGAGAUGUCUCAAAGUCGUCAUCUGGUCAUCGCCUCUGGACUGGCGUUUAUGACACCACAAUACCAAGGUCUAAACCCUUGUCUCCUGGUGAAAUACUAGGGUGCACUGCCCCCCUGCUUGGCGACAUAGACGCUCUGAUAUAUCUCGGAGAUGGUCGAUUUCACCUAGAGUCCAUUAUGAUCGCGAAUCCCUCCGUACCUGCUUUCCGAUAUGACCCCUACUCCAAGAAAUUAACGAGAGAGCUGUACAACCACGAAGAAAUGCGGACGGUUCGAGAUGAUGCAGUUCAAAAGGCCCGCAAAAGCAUCACAGCUUUUUCUCAGACAUCAGAUUCUCAGGGGAUCGUUGCCCCUACUGAUCAAAGUCCGAUAUGGGGCAUCAUUCUCGGCACUUUAGGGCGCCAGGGCAGUUUCAAACAGAUGCAGGCGAUCACCCACCAGCUCUCUACCUCGAAGACAAACAUUCCUUAUAUCCCUAUCCUACUUUCUGAACUCUCACCUGCGAAGCUUGCGCUGUUUAACCCGUAUAUAUCGACAUUCGUUCAAACAUCAUGUCCGCGGUUGUCGAUAGACUGGGGGUACGCCUUUGAUAAACCGCUCCUCAGCCCGUAUGAAACAGCGGUUGCGGUGGGGCAGGCCAAAGGGUGGAUGAAUGAGGAGAAAGCGGGACGUGACAGGGCCAAAGGCGGGAGAUACCCUAUGGAUUUCUAUGAAGUAGGCAGCCCAUGGGCAGUGGCUAGGACGAAGUCUACAUAUCUUUAGUUCAAGGAGUGUGGUUCAGUUUUCAUUUUUACUCUGCAGGAAGUUGUGGAUCAAUGGAUAGAUACUGUGACGCUCUCCUUCGUCAAUACAUGUUGUGCUACAGUUCCUACUGAAGUAGCAGGAUCAGUUAUCAAAUCCGCGUAUAAUCU